ACUCAUUAGAGAGAGAGAGAGAGUUAAGAGAUGGUGAGCGAAAUGUUGAACAAGGUGAAACCAUAUUUGUGCAUGAUAUCCCUCCAAUUUGGUUAUGCAGGGAUGUAUGUCAUAUCCUUAGUCUCUUUGAAGCAUGGAAUGAAUCAUUAUGUGCUCGCUGUCUAUCGUCACGUUGUUGCCACAAUUGUUAUUGUGCCUUUCGCUCUUCUCCUCGAAAGGAAAAUAAGGCCAAAAUUGACACUCCCAAUAUUCUUAAGAGUAGUGGCACUGGGUUUUCUUGAGCCAGUGAUGGAUCAAAACUUGUACUAUGUGGGAUUGAAGUACACCUCAGCAACUUUUGCAUCUGCUGUUGUCAAUGUCCUUCCUGCCAUUACCUUCAUUAUGGCACUCAUUUUCAGGUUGGAGAGUGUCAACUUCAAGAAGAUAUAUAGUGUAGCCAAGGUGAUUGGAACAACCAUCACAGUCUCAGGAGCAAUGGUAAUGACUUUGUACAGAGGUCCAAUUAUUGACUUCCUACAUGGAAGAGAACAAACACACCAGGAAACAAACAGUGAAUCAUCAAAUCACCAGCAUCACUUGGCAGGCACACUAAUGGUCCUAGGCAGUGUCGUUGCCUGGUCUGGUUUCUUCAUUCUGCAAUCGUUUACGUUGAAGAAGUACCCGGCGGAGCUCUCCCUGACAGCAUUAGUAUGCGUGAUGGGUGUCGUGGAAGGUACCGCCAUAACCCUAGUCAUGGAACGCGACAUGAGUGUCUGGAAAAUCGGAUUCGAUUCAAGGCUUCUUGCUGCUGUUUAUUCUGGAGUGGUAUGCUCUGGAGUGGCAUAUUAUGUGCAAGGUUUGGUAAACAAGGAGAGGGGCCCAGUUUUUGCAACUUCUUUUAGCCCACUAUGCAUGAUCAUUACAGGCGCUUUAGGGGCUAUUGUCUUAUCUGAGAAAGUCCACUUGGGGAGCAUAAUUGGAGCCAUUUUCAUAGUAAUUGGCCUAUACACAGUUGUGUGGGGUAAAAGCAAAGAAGGCCGAAACAGUAGUAGUACAGCAGCAUCAUUGACAAAUAUUGAAAAGAAUGGCAACCUUGAAUUGCCAAUCAAAAAUGACACUAAAUCAGUAGUCCUUGUUAGCAGUAAUGUUGUCAAUGGAGAUGCAGAGGUUCUGAAGAUCCCAGCAUAAUGUGCAUGAUGAAAGGUCUCUUUGUGCAUGUAUGUGUUGAAGAACAUUCCAUCAGAGUUAAUUUUCCAAUCCCUCUGAUCUCCAUGUUAUAUAUAUAAAUAUAUAUGGAUAUAUGUAACUUUUUGACUUGGGGUUAUAUACAUAAUAUAUAUGUGCUACAAUGAAGCACUAAUUAUAUAGUUUUUCUUCUUCUUAUCA